CGGCCCCUUCAGCUAACGAGUGGGCUGAGCUGUCACGAACAGUCACGAAUGACACUAACAAUAAUUAUAUUGUUGUGUUUAACUCGCGGCGCAUACUGUCUGUUCUGCUACAAUGGCACGUUCAGCAGCAAGUGCUUCUCGCGCGACCCGCUGGUGUUGCGUGGGCUCAACGCGCCCGAGCGGUCGGUCAUGGCGCGGCUGCGGUGCUCCGCAACUGUGAGGUGUUCAGUCGGAGUGAUUGACAGCACAGUAGCACUGCUCUGCUUCAACUGCUCGGCCACACAUCGCGACUGGUCGUCGACGUGCCCGGGAGCUUUCGCUAUCUCAAAGUACCCUACCUUCAACGAUAGCAGAAUCUUUCUUGUAAACUGUACUUCAGAUGAUGCCAUGUGCUUCGUUAGGUCAUGGUCUUCUCGGUCGCGGUUUGCGUGGAUCGUGCAACGCGGCUGUUACCAGUCUCCUAAGGACGAUCCUAUCCCAUCAACUUUACAAACUCCUACAAGAGCGAUGGCGUGCAGACGAGAUAGGUUAGCUGACGCUGAAUAUCAAGUGUGUCUAUGCAAAGCGGACUGGUGCAAUCACAGUUCUCAUUCGAUUGAAAGCAGUAGAUUAGUCUUAUUGCCAGGUUUAUCUAUAAUCAAAGUAUUUCUUAAUUUAUUUUUCCUAUAUUAGAAUUUCAUAGAUACACACUUAUGAAUUUCGUGAAGGGCAAAACUGGAUUUAAUGGACACUACUUGGAACGCAAUAAAUGUAACUUUAUGGGUUUAUAAACAGCUUUCACUUUAUCUAAGUUACCUGCGUUUAUUUCUACGAAAAGGAUGGUAAGAAGUGUGUGUCAGUGGGCCGCGUCCGUGCCUUGCACACCUCUUUUUUUGUAGACUUGCGUUAAUGUACCACCUACAUAAUUAGAAAAAUAGAAAAUUUUUCUUGACCAUAAUACGUCUCGAUAUUUACUGUAUAUUUUUUAUAUCUAUGGUCUAGCUAGAUGGAC